AUGGGUACAGCAACGUUGUUAUUGUUGCUUACAUUUGUUCUUAUGAUGGAGAUUGUGUCCAGCCACUGGUUUGGAAGAUAUGGUUAUCCCUACCCUCCUCCUGUCGUAGUAGGUGGGUUUGGAGGAUUCGGAGGAUAUGGAGGAUACGGCAGAGGUUUUGGAGGAUACGGAGGGUUUUAUAGAAAUGUAUUAUUUGGUCCACCACCACCUCCUCCACUUUUCUACAGA